UGUUGUUGUGACCGACAAACAGUCAAUCGUUCAUUUGUUUAUAUUUGUACUCCGAAAUAAACUGAAGGUUGUUUAAUUUCUCUUUGGCGAUGGCGAGUUUGGAUGAAAAGUGGAAAGCUGUGGACAACUUUGAGUCUAUUGUGGUAGAUCGCCGAAAGCAACUCAGGGGUGUAACAAGUAGUUGCGACUAUCGCUUGACGAUACCAUUUGCCCCUCAUCUCUUUGGCUCAGGCAAAACGACCUUUGCCCGAACCUAUUUGGAGUUGGUGCAAAGGUUUGGUGAAACUUUUCUGUCGAAUUUUGCUUCAGACCCUUUGAGAAGAACCUUUUUGGAGAAGCUGAAAAGGGCUUCGUUGCUCUUUGUGGAUUUGAGGAAGUUGGAGCCCACAGAACCGAAAGAACGCAACCUAAAGUGGGCAGUCUACUAUUUGUUAGUAAAGGCUGCUUUUUUGCAAUCAGGUCUUCCGCAACCAGACCCGGACGAAUGUUUCAAGGAACUGAAACUUAGGACUGAUGCUUUGGUUCAGAAAAUCCGUUCAAUCUUAAACAUUCCUUCUGAUCAAUAUCUUUUGUUGGCAUUUGACGAAGUUGGUGUGUUUGAUACAAAGGGAACCUUUUUUGAACUGGAGAAGAAUGACAAAGGUGUGGUUCGACCAUACAACGACUUUAUCGGUAUCAUUAGUCAAUUGUGCGAAGAACCCGACUUGUUUUUUAUUGUUAUUGGGAAAAGCAAGGGUUUAAGUAUUAAGAAUUAUGUGGCUUUUGGGCUAUCAAGAGUUAUACUACAUUUUAUCCCUUUAUCACCUUUGGACGCUUCCAGUAUCGUUGAAUUCCUUGAAAGGAGUCUUCUUGAGACACCUACUCAAGUUCCGGUUUGUAAUGUCUUAUGUAGUUCUUCAUUUUCAGUAAAUGAAUUGGCAGACUCAUUAUUGGAAUGUACAGGUGGAGUUCCUGGUUUGUUGACUCGUGCAGUAAAUAUGCUUUUGAAUUAUAUAAUAGCAAGAAAUCAGCCUUUCAUAUCGAAAGAAGAAUGUUUGACUUGUAUGAAUGACUACGAUUUCCGAAUAAUUUGUGCUGAACCAUUUGUGGAACGAAUAUUGAAUUUGGACGAGGAUAGAAGAAGUGUUUUUGAUUUACUUUUGAUGAUGGCUCUUUAUCGUAUACCGUUUCAAGUAGAUGAUAGAUUGACCUCGGAGUCCUUUUUAUAUGAUGCAGUCACUGAAAUGGGACUAUAUCGAUAUCCUAUUGACCAGAAUACUUUUCAAGUCCUAAUUCCGAAAAUAUUUGUUGUAAUCUUCAAGAACGACCCUUCUAUCUCUUCUUUGGAAAAGAUACUUCUUGGAUCACUUGAUGUCGAACCAGUAGAUUGUUUCUUCUAUUCAAAAUGUCGUGUAUUUGAAGGAAUUGUUGCUUUACGACUAGUUUUGAUGUUGUCUUCAAAGAAUCGAAAUGAGUUGAGGGAAUUGUUGUGUCAAUUGUCUCCGAUAUGGAAACAAAUGAAACUUCCAAUCAGACAAA